UUUUAUAAACUCUAUUGAUUUGUGAAUGAAAUUAAAGUGCUACUAUGUAUAUAUCGUAUGGUAUCUUUUGCCAAUAUAUUGUAUUAACACCAAAGAGAAAUGGACAUUUUAGAGAAUCCUUACUAUAACCUUAUUCGAUAUAUUAUAAUAACAACUGGGCAAAGUCGAUAUCAUUUGAAGUGGAUAAAUUUUUGUAUAAAAUCUUUUUUUCUUUUCAUAAUGUUUUCUUUCCUUGGUGCCCAGAUUGCAGGAAUGAUAAAAGUAUUGGGCAAUAUUGAUUUGGUAUUGGAGUGUAUCCCACCAGUAUGUUAUGUUUUAGCAGCUACAGUUUUAUUUAUAAAUAACAAUCUACAAGAAGAACAAAUAAAUGUAGUUUUCUUGAAAAUGCAAAAUGACUGGGAGGUAUUAACAUCAAAAUAUGACACUAAUAUUCUACACAAAUUUGCCAGAAGGUGCAAAAUCUACACUAUGAUAUUCACGUUUGGUAGCUUUGGAAUACUUACAGUUUACUUGUCUUUAAAUUUAAUUCCUCUGCUGAUUGGCAUUUCUAAAAAUAGUCCUGAACAAAAGCCAUUUGUCUAUCUUCUUGAGUUUGGCAUAAGCGCAGAAAAAUAUUAUUAUUUGAUAACUCUCUACAGUCUAUUAGGCAGUUAUAUUUUUACUUCUGUGAUUAUAAAUGGAGAUACUGUUCUUUUAAUGUUUCUUGAGCAUGCUUGCGCAAUUUUUGAAAUUAUAGGACAUAAAUUGUCGACUGCUGUUUCAGAAAACUAUAAUUCCGCUAAUAAAGCCAAUUUUGAAAAAAAUCUUCAUCGGGAAAUUAAGCUUUGUGUGGAAAUGCAUAUAAAAGCUCUAUUAUUUGUCAAUGAUAUCCAGUCAGUGUUUUCAACUGCUUAUCUUAUAGUAUUUGGAUUUUGUAUAAUAAUUUUAAGUAUCACAGGCGUACAGUCUGUGAUGAGUAUGAAUAAUACUAGAGAUGCCAUAAGAUUUGGAACUUACACGUGUGGUCAAGUGAUUCAUAUUUUGCUCGUAACUAUCCCAACUCAGCAUUUACUUGAUACGAGCGUUUGUCUUUCUGACUGCAUAUACAAUGCAGAUUGGUACCACUUGUCGGGUGAAACAAAAAAGUUAUUACUUAUCAUCAUGAAAAGAGGUGCUGAACCCUCAACUUUUGUUAUUGGCAAAACAUUCAUAAUUUCUUUGCAGUUUUUUACAAAGGUUCUUCAAACAUCACUGUCAUAUUUUACUGUAUUGAUGUCAGUACGAGAAUAAUAGCAUUUUUGUUCUACCUGAUAG